AGUAGCAACAGAAGGAUAACAUGAGGACUGUGGUCCUGUGGGGCCUGCUGGCCCUGCUGUGUCAGCACACACUGGUUAGCAGCCACAUACUGGGAAGACCCUCUUCUACCAGUGACCUGGCUCAGCUCAAGUCUUUGCUGGAGCGCUUUGAGGAGACUCUGGCUGAAGCGGCCCAGGAGGAGGACUCUGAAGCUGAUUAUGAAGGGACAAAUCAAGAGCCUGAACAUAGCCAGGCCAGCCGAGGAUGGAGCCCGGACCAGGAGGGGGACCAAGAACCUUUGAUAUCAGAAAGAUCUCAAUCACCAGCUGACGACCGCAGCAGGACCACGAGUCAGAGGAGCCGCCUGCAGGACCUGCUGAUGACCGCCAGGAAACGGGCCUCUGGCUGCUUUGGAGCCAGGAUGGAUCGAAUUGGAAAUGCCAGCGGUCUGGGGUGCAACAGUGGAAGAGGGUAGUCUGAACGUUUCCUGGGACACGUGUUGGAUUAUACUGUAGGUUUAUCUCCAGCUGAAGACACAAGCAAAGAGAUUGGAUAUGUAUGAUUUUGCAUUGAUGACAGUGUGUAUCUCUCUCUCUAUAUGUAUUUCUCUGUUUGAAGUGACAAAUAAGCUAUUUGUCAACUGUUUAAAGAAUUCUGCAGUCCAUUAUUCACUGUGUUAAGACACUGAAGGAAACCAGUUAACUGCAUGUGAGUUGCUAACAAAGAUAAAUAAACUCUUUUUUUCGUAUGAUGAA